GCGUACUUGGCCGUGCCGCUGGCUGUACAACAAUAAAGGCGAACGAACUCAGUACCGAAUAAUUAAAAAAACAAUACUAUAAGAUAUUCCAAAUUCAACGUGAUUGUUUGUCAUCAUCAGUGUUAAUCCUUCAAAACUGUACCAUUUUUUUUUAUUUUAGAAAAUAAAAAACAAUACAAAAAAAUGACGAUCUAUAGUAAGAUAGUACAAAUAAUAUUGGUUAGUGUGUAAGCAAUGCCGCUUCCCAGGAAUACUCUAGGAUAAAGCGAGCGCGCCAUCAUGUCGGAGGUAGAAGGCGGCACGGCGCUCGCUUGGCGACUGCUGGCCACGCUAGAAGGCGGGUCGUUGCUGCUCGCCACGUCCGCGCUACUCGCCUACUCCAUCAGGAAGCGGCUGGGCAGGAUCAGGCGCCCGAGACGCCCCCCAGUCGACACAGUCAUGCUUACAAACACUACCAAUGCACUGGGGAAAGUAUUGAAGACCCGUCUAGAAUCGCUCGGGUGCGUCGUCAGACAGACGCCUAACGAAAGCGACGACAGCGACGCCACCAGCGGAGCGGACAGCGUACGAGUUGACGCGCUAAUAGUGGUCGGCGCACACGCGACUUCUAAGCCUACUUCCUUAGAGGCCAUUGCCAACUUAGUUAAUGACGACGUGUAUCAUAAUUUAAAGGUAUUGGAGUCUCUCUCGCCGCUGGUGAAACGCGGCGGGUACAUAGCGUGGGCGUGCGCGGGCGCUCCUGACGGCAGCUUCAGGAGCGCGGGCGACGCCUUCGACGCAAUGCUGGAGGCCAGUCUGCGCCGCGUCGCUCGAUUGCAGGGCUGCGAGGCGGUGUGGGUGGGGCGCGGGCGCAGCGUGGAGGCGGCGGCGGAGCGCGUGCUGCGGGCGCUGCCCCACGCGCGCGCAGGAAGCCGCAACCCUUCCUCUAUCAGGGAUGCUGUGAAUAAAGUCGGGGAAUACAUCGGCGGUUGGUUGAAGAAUGUUACAUGACAAAUUCUGUCCAUCGCAUGUCGAAGAACAAAACUGUGAAAUACAGACAGACCAGCCAGGGACACUAUGUGCAAUAUGUUAUCUUUUCGACCCCUCUGGUCCCAAUUGUUGGAAUAUAUCGAUAUACUUAGAAGACAAAAUGAGUCAUAAAUGCAGUUUUGUUUAAUUUUUUUCACUCUAUCGAUCUGUCUAUUACAACUUUUGAUAUUAUUACUAUUUUAAUGUAAGAAUCAUCAAUAUGGCCAAAAAAAGAAAAAAAAUCGGUUUAUUUUCUCGUGUAAAAAAUCCGUUAAGGCGUUGACGACAAUUGAAGCCAGUGGGGUCGUUUUAUUUAUGCACAUUUUUUUUAUGUACGUUUUUUUCUGUACCCUAAUGGAAUAAACUAUAUGAAAAUCUUGCCUAAAACUUUGUUGUUAAAUUGUACAUUUUUUAUACUUAAGUUGUAUGUAUAAAGUAAGUUAACUGUCAUGAACUUAUUAGCCCUAAUAACGUAUGGUAGCCAUCCGAAAUGACAGUCGAUACAUUUUUAGAUGAAUGACAAGGGUUUCAUUCCUUAGGCAUCUUUAUCAGGAUUCCGCAGUAACGCAGAACCUUUAACAUUAGAUUUGUAUUAAUAAAUGGUUAUACCUAAUGAAACUACCAAUAUGUGUUUUAGAAGAAGACUUGUUUAUCUAAAAAUUAUCCAUCAAAGCAAUGUACUAUGUUCUUAAUUAAAUAAAAACUAAUGGUAGGUACUUACCUUUUAUAAGAAUUAUUUAUAAAUAAAGUCUUUAAAAAU